AUGGCCCAGUCUACGAUCUUCAACAGGCAGGUAAAGCACAUAACGGAGCACCCCAGUCGUCUCUGGAUAUGGGACAAGGCCACGUUCAUGGAUGAGCAGCGGCGCACCUGGCUGCCUGUGAUCCUCAAGUCAGAGACCAACAUGCAGGUGCUCCUGCGACAGCAGACAGUCCCUGUGGGGGACCCCAAGAGCCCUACCCAGCUCGGCCCAUCCCUGCUGCCCCUGAUGUGGCAGCACUACCCCUCUGAGAAAAGAUACCAAGACAGCAACUUCGCCUCCUGGCACGUAAUGUACCAUAUCAAGUUCUGUGACAUGGAAGACAUCCUUCUGGAAAAGGUGGCAGACCAGGAAAAGGUAGACGACCAGAAGGUGCCAGACCCCAAGAAGGUGUCAGACCCUGAGAAGGUGCCGGAACAGGAGGUCUUGCAGUUCCACUCUGCUGGCCCUGGGCCUGCAGUGCACGCCUGUGCUGUGUUCAUCUUACUGACUGUUCCUGUGUGUGAGUGA